AUGGCUGAAGCAAAACCAAAAAUCUUGAAGCCCAAAUCAAAGAUAAAUGUCAAGCCUUCAAUAGAACCCAUACCCACACAUGUUCCUUCUCCAUCAAUAUCCUCCACCAUACCUACCUCAUCCUCCCCUGCUCAUACUACUCUUGUUCUUGUUAUUCCCAUCUCCACUGCACCUCCUCCUUCAAAAUCCACUACCCAUGCACCUGAGCUUCCUACAAAAAAUAUCUCUAAGAUGGCAAAGGUCAAAGCAACUUCAAGAAAAUCGAUCAGGAAAGUGUAUGAGGAUGCUACGCAGAAUACUCUUCUACCUACGAGUAAGAAGUCACCAGUACAGAAAUUCAUGGUAGAAGAACAUAUAGGGGAUUUGGGAAAGGAGGUAGAUACAACGGGUGUAGAGCUUGUGGUUGAAGGAGAAGGAUGUAAAGUACCAGUACAAAAGGAGGCUUCUGAUAGCCUUAAUUUUGGUUGGACUGAGGAUGAGGAAGAUGAUGAAG